AUGGAGGCUAGGCGACCUCGGUGGCACGCCCCCAGAUCCGGCGAGGCCGCCUCUACAAACUUUCUGCUCCCGCUGGCCCUCCUCCUACUCGCUCUCCCCUGUCCGUUCCUCCCUGCUUCCGCCUCCUCCCCCGUCGCCCCCUCCGUGUCUCUCCGGUACCCGCCGUAUCCGCCGAGGAACCCGCUACCCAUCCCGCUGCCGCUUCUCGCCCUUGCCGCCACGCUCCUCUACCUCACCGCCUUCGCCGCCGCCGCGGCGAGCGCGCACGCAGGGUUCUUCGGUCGCCCCGUCCGGCUCCUCGCCUCGCUCCGCUCCGUGCCAGCCUCCCUCCUCCGCCUUGUCCUCACCGCCAUCCCGGCCUCCCCGCUCUCACUCCUUCCGCUCCUCCCGCUCCCCACUGCGCUCGGCGCCGCGCUGCCCGUCCUUGGCUUCAUCCUUUUAUCCCCGUUCUGGUCCCUCGCUGGCGCCGCUGCCAUGGUUGAAUCGGCCACAGGCCUCACGCCGCUCCGCCGGAGCUGCCGGCUCCUCUCUGGCUCCCGCCUCGUAGGCCUGUCCUUGUUCCUGGUCUUCGCCGCCGGGAUUGGGGUCACGCUCUGGGGCUUCGGCGGUGUGGCUGCCGAGACAUACGACGCUGGGGCUGGGUGGGCUGGGAUGGAGCCCGUGGUGGUCAAGGCGGUGGCUGGCACAGCGCUGCUGGCCGUGAUGAUGUUAUUGGUUCAAUUUGUGGAUUCUUAUGAUCCACCUAUCAAGGGGUUGCAUGAAGAUCUUAAUUUUGUGAGCCCAAGAAUUGGAGAGGUCCUGGAAGCUGUUGGCCCAAUUAUCUUUCUUUCAACUGAUACAAAUAAGUUAAGGAACGAAGGGAUUGCUGAGGGUUCCAUCGACGACACAGUAGUUGUGGCAAGUGAGCAAGAUUCUGAGAUCGUGGUUGGAAAGGAGCAAGCUCGAGCUAAAGUAACACAAAGCAUUGUCUUUGUAACUGGCGAAGCUUCUCCUUAUGCAAAGUCUGGGGGUCUAGGAGAUGUUUGUGGUUCAUUGGCAGUUGUUCUUGCUGCUCGUGGUCACCGUGUGAUGGUUGUAAUGCCCAGAUAUUUAAAUGGUACCUCUGAUAAGAAUUACGCAAAUGCAUUUUACACAGAAAAGCACAUUCGGAUUCCAUGCUUUGGUGGUGAACAUGAAGUUACCUUUUUCCAUGAGUACAUAGAUUCAGUUGACUGGGUAGGUAUCCAAUCACCUUAUUGUUUCUGA